AUGGCUUCAAAUCAUAAGUCCAACUCUGGUAGCAGAGAUCUGGGCGUGGUUUCUUGUGAGGAUAACAAAGCUAUCAAAGCGCCACUUCCACGUCAAAGAUUGCAGGAUCUGUCAAAUCCAACUUUCCAAGAACUCUUCGACCUAGCGAUGUGGCGAGUGGUUGAAAUUGCUAUUCCAAAUCCUGCCAACCCUCCACCACGACUGUUCCCGACCGCAGAGAAAACAAGAGACUCUUUCUUCACCGUCCAGGAGUGGAAUAAAUUUGGCGAUCUUGAGUCAGAAUACGGACGGCUGUCUUGGAUGCUGUCCACCUUUCCAGAGCGAGGGGCUCCUGUUCGUUGCGCGGCCACGGUCGUCGAUAUCCUGACUUACCCAUGUGUCCUGAGUGGGUGGAGGCAGGUCUCCGAAAUACUUCGCCAUCAGGUGCAGGAUAUUCUGAUGGAUGUUGUGCAUUCGAUGGUAUCCAGACUGCCACCUGUUGACUCGAAAACGACAAAAGACGACUUUUUAACUCUGCCUGUGGACUAUGAUUUCGCCAGUGGCCAGGCAGAAAAUCUAUUUUUGGAGUUAUUCCAGCGGAGUUCACGCAGAAUGGCAACCCUUACGUCGAAAGGAGACUAUUCUUGGAUAGUUGAGUACAUCCAGAUUCAUGCUUUUCUUCGCGAUCCGAUUGGAGGAUUGAAGAAGGACUUUUCGGAUCAAGCUAUCAUCUUCCAGGACCUAUUGGCCGCUCUUAUACAGAAGAUUGCAGAUGUGCCUCUUGGUGACGAACUUUGGGCUUUACUCGUGGCGCAGUUGGCUCAAGAGUCGUCGUUUCUAGCCAAUCCUCAGAUCGACGAUAUCGCCUACAUACAUUUUAGCGGUCAUCAGCAGUUAGUAUAUGCUUAUGUUGACCUUCACAAGCUCGCACGGGCUGAGUUCAGUGUGCCUGAGCACGUCAUGCUGAUCAUGGAAGAAAUGAUGCAAGAGGUUGUUGCUAGUGACGAGUGUAACAUUGUUCCCAUUAUUAUUGCUUCUGUGCCCUCAGUCGCCACAAAGAAAACUCAAAAGAUAAUUAUUGACGGCAACACCCGAGCAACAGCAAUCAUGGUCUUCAGACUGCUCUCUUCCUCAGAUGCGAAUAGGGAAGAUGUGUUCGCCAAUCUUGACAAGUACUGCUCUGCACAUGGCUUAGGUCCAAAGUGGUGUCUGGAUCUCCGCAACGUGGUCCAAAGGCUCUACGCCACGGAAAAUCCCACGUUGUCGACAAUUCGAGAAAACCAGGAAGCUCUUGAAAAAUUCAAGUGUGUCACUCAUCUACCAGGCCUAUUGACACAGGAGCCACUAUUUCACACCAUCUGUCUGCAGCGAAAGUUUGAAGGAAGGCUGCGGAUACUGCAGCCAAUGCACCAGAUGAUAUUUAACGACGACAGUUUUGGUCUCGCUCUCCCUGCCCGGCGCUCACAGGCACAUGGGCGUCCAAAGAACUAUGUGCUCCUUCCUCUUCAAUAA